AUGGAGGAUGAGGAUGGCUACAUGGCCUUGGACAGGCGAUGCGAGCGGGGUGCUGCGGAGAGGCCGGGACCCCUCCGGGACGCAGGACCUGCCAUGAAAGACCCCGAGAUGGGGUUUGCCCCACGGUGGAUUCACAUCCCCACGCGAUCCCCCCGCUGUCUCCUCGGGGCCUUGAUGACCGUUCUGGUGCUGUCCUUUGUGAUAUGCGUGUCUUGGCUGCUGGUGGAGAGGCAACGGCCCCCGGGGGCCGUGGGGUGCAGGAACGCGUCGCAGGGACAAAGCUUUGCCACCCUGGACUGCACCCACCUGGGGCUGAGGACGAGCCUGUGCCCCCCCGGAGACGGUGGGGGCUGCAAGCUCUGUCCCGUGGGGUGGACGCUGCACGGGAGCAAGUGUUUUUGGGUCGCCAGCAAGAGCAGCUCCUGGAGGGAGAGCCGGGAGAACUGCAGCCGUCAGAGCGCCCAGCUGCUGGUGCCAGAGGACCAGGGCGAGCUGGACUUCCUAAAUCGAGUCAUACAGAAACCCACGCGCUACUUCUGGAUCGGCCUCUCCCAGCCCUCCGUGGGGAUGGGUUGGACCUGGCUGGAUGGCUCCCGCCUGGACCGGAGCCGGUUCAACCUGAGCACCCUGAACGCCAGCGGAGCCUGCGGGGCGCUGAGGGAGGACAGGAUCAUCUCCGAAACCUGCGGCUCUGCCUUGGCGUGGAUCUGCCAGAAAGAGGCCGUCCUGCUCUGA